GAUUCCGAGGGGUAUAUAUAUAAACUCCAGAUGUGCAGAUCAUCAAUCCGAAAGCUACGAAGCAUCAUAGACCACAGCAUACGCGUUUAGGUUCAGUGCGCAAUGGAGAGGUCCGUCAGAUCCGUGCUAGUGUUCGUGGUUGUUUCCAUCCUCAUCUCCAGCCAUCCCACAGACGCCUGGUACAAGCAGUCCACCGGGCCGAGCUAUUAUUCCGUCGGGAGAGCCUCGGGUCUGCUGUCCGGGAUCCGGAGGUCGCCCUAUGUGCGCAGAUCUGAGACAGAAUCAGCGCUGGACAGUAGCGAGACCCCCGGCGUCUCCAACAGCGUGAUGCCCGACUUCAGCAGCAGACAAACUCCAGUUCUUAAAAACAUGGCCAUCUGCGUAAAGGACAUCUCCCCAAACCUUCAGAGCUGCGAGCUGGUUCAGGACGGUUCAAGCACGUUUCGGUGCAAAGCAGAAGUGUUUCUGUCGCUCGACUCUCUGGACUGCUUCACCUCCUGAGCGGAACCGGUCCACCCCCUCCUCCUCCCCGACCCAAAGUCUCUUCCAUUUCAGGAGUAUUUACAGCCAAGGCAGUGAGGCGCGCUGUUGACGUUGAAUGUUUACUUGAUUUACACCAGGGGUGUUCAGCGCUGCUCCUGAAGAUACACUUUCCAGCAAAGUUUAGUUAGCCCAUGUACCAAUAAUAAACAUGUUCUUUAUGAGUGAUACUAUAAAUUCCUCCACCUUAUUUCGAAGCAGCGAACGUUCUAUGAAUGUGCGAGAGAUUCGAUUCGCCAUUCGAAAACAGCGGGAACGGGAACAAUUAAAUAAUUAUUUUUUUAAAGUGAAGUAAACAGUAAAACUAGUUGCACUAUAAACCAGUAUGAUUAUAAUUACCACACAGCAUUUAAAUAACAUGAUAAUACAAGCAGCAUAACCAGCGGCUAAAAAUAACCGGAAGUCUCGCACAUUCAGGUUACUUAAUGGCCGCGCAAGGUCUUAUAAACGUUAAAAAUAAGUCAGUGAUACACAAAAACCCUUGAUUCCUCUUCAAAUGAAAUUUGAUCAUCAAAACAUAAAAUGCACAGUAAAGAGAUGAUUUUAGGGUAGUAAAUAGCAAAGUGAAGUCAAACCGAAUUCAAGUCACUUCCAGUGUGAACGCACUUAGUUUUAACUAUAUUUAGCAGGAAACUAGAUCGUGGAGAGCAGUUCUGAGCACCCCUGGUUCACACAAUGUGAAGUUUGCUGCUUUAAAUUAGUAAAUGGAAAAAUAGGUGAUCCACAGAAACAAAACGGAGAGGUAUUUUCUGUUCGCUCUUUUCCCCUCUGCGCCCACCCGUCACCUGUACCUACUUCCAGAUGUAUUAAAUGUUCAUAAAAAGAGUUCACUGUUAUGAGCAAAAACUUUCAAAGAUGUUUUCUUUAUUUUAUUAAACUUGAAAGAAAUA